CCGCGAGCCCAUAACGGGACAGCCACGCAUGACCCUAUCGUUUCUUCAUUUGAUAAAGCUUUGUUGUUAUAACUUCUCCAGUGUUUGAAUGUCAAUUCAGAACUGCCUGCAGCACUAAGGACACCCACCUGUAGGUUUUUGAGGACACCUGAUUUUUGUUCCUGCUACCCUUGGAUCUUGCAGAAUGGAUUUGCUUUUGCUUCUGUGCGUCGGGAUGAGUCUCUGCGCGUGGGUCUCCUCUGCUGAGAGACACAGCGUAUUUUGGAACAGCACCAACUCAAAGUUCAAACGUAACGAGUACGCCGUGAAGGUGCGGCUGAACGACUACCUGGACAUCGUGUGCCCGCACUACCCGCUGGGCGAGGUGCCUUCCCAGGAUGCCGAGCGCUACGUGCUGUACAUGGUGGAGCGGGAGGACUACGACUCCUGCCGGCCCCAGUCCUACGACCAGAUGCGCUGGGAGUGCGGACACCCAUUCGCCGCGCACGCCCCCGAGAAGUUCUCCGAGAAGUUCCAGCGCUACACCCCCUUCACGCUAGGCAAGGAGUUCAAGCAGGGAGAGAGCUACUACUACAUCUCCAAACCUCUCCACCACCACGGCGAGGAGUGCCUGCGUCUGCGUGUGGAUGUCGUGGCGUCUGAUGGUUCUCAAGAGGCCCAUGUUGGAACGGGAGGUGGCGUUCAUAACCCCUCUAACAGACUCCCAGCAGACGACCCUGUGGUGAGUCUGGCCGAGGUGCAGAAGAUCGUGAAGAGCAGCUCGGCGGUGAUGUCAUCGAGCGUCUGCCUCACCACGCUGCUGCUGACGACGGUCUUACUGCUGCUGUCUCUGCAGUGAGGCCAAUACACACAAAAAGACUACAAAUCCCAUAGAUUUGAGUUCAGUAACGGUGGCCUGUAGUGGCCAUACUAGAUGACUACAGAAAAACAGUUCCCCAGAAGGCUCCAGCGCAGGCCGCUGGCAAAGGGAACGUGUACAGAAGGAAUGUUCCGGAUGGAGAGGUUGGAAUGGUUGGGAAGAACGCAUUCCCUGAAGCUGUAGUCAGUCAACUCUUUUUCUCCUUUUUGAGAACCCAGACGUCAGUAUUUUUUUUUCCGGAAGGAUUUUCCUGUUGUUAAGGGAAACGUUUUUUGUUUUGUUUUUUGUUUUUUUGUUUUGUUUUUUGUAAAUGCUUCCCUGUACCUUAUUUCGUAUUUUGACAAAAGCUGAACUUUUGGAAAAGUGCUUAAACGAUGAAGAACAGUAACCUUAACACUUAACACAAAGACAACAAAUCCACGCAAUGGACUCACAGCAGACACAGAAUGCAUCCAUCCAUUAAUCCAGAUGGAAGAGGAACAACAACACAGUCUGGAUAGACGAUGAUUCCGGAAUGGACCUCAUUCCAUAUUUCUUAGACCCGGUUCUGCUUCGGGCCUGGCCCUGAUUCUGGCCCGGUGUCUGCAGUUCUCCGGUCCGGAACCUGUUCUAACAACCACAUGAGCCAAAGACAGCAGUGUCGUGUUCUCAAAUGUACAGAAACCCUACGUGUUGUCUUGUAGCGGAUGGCAGAAGGUGGUUGUACAUUUACAUUUAGUAUUUGUCAAUUGUAGCAUUUGAGAAAGGGGGAAGACGAAGAUGAGGGUUCGAAUCUGUUCCACUGCUACUGACUGUACUGGACCAUGUGCUCUGAUAGCACUGAACAAACAAGAUCAUACCACUACAAACACACACAGACACACACACAGACACACACACACACACACACACACACACACACACACACACACACACACACACACACACACACACACACACACACACACACACACACACACACACACACACACACACACCAGAUUUACAUUCAUUCCCAUAACAACCAUUGGCCCCAUUGCACUCUUUGAUGUGCAUACUCAGCCAUAUGUCGACGGGAAGCAAGUCGCCCCCCAACACACACACACACACACACACACACACACACACACACACACACACACACACACACACACACACACACACACAUGCACGAGUACACGCACACACACACACACACACACACACACACACACACACACACACACACACACACACACACACACACACACACACACACACACACACACAUACAUACAUUCAGAAAAAAAAGUUGUAACACUAAAGUGUAAAUGUUCUGUUAGAAUAAUUUAUGAAGUUUGCUGUGAGCAAAUGCCUGUACAUAACAUGAACAAAUUAUGUGAAAUGUUUACUGCAUGGAACGCGAGUGUGAACGCAAGAGAGAAAGGUGUCAAAAAUGUGUUUGUGUGUGGAGAAGAAAAAAAAACGUGAGAAGUGGAAGCAGUAUACGUGUGUGAGAGGAAUGAAAGACUUACAUUUGCCAAAAAAAGAAAGAAAAAAAGAGAAACAGAGUGGCGGAACAGAGGGAGGCAGGCCUCUCUUUUUUACGCUGCGGAACCCGAAGCAUUUAAAACUGCCAAGGACAAUCACUUCACUCACAACUCACUGUCUCUCCGCCCAACCCACCCCCUUCCUGUUCUCUCUCUCUCACAUACACACACACACACACACACACACACACACACACACACACACACACACACACACACACACACACACACACACACACACACACACACACACACACAAGCACUCACAUACCGUCUCUCAGACAUACUCCACAACAACAUACAGUGGAGCUACCCAAAUGGAAUACGUGAAAAUAUUCAAGCUCCAGAGAUUUGGGCUGCUCCACUCCCUACUCCCAACCAUCACACACAAAAAAAUAGACCCAGACAUCUCCCAUCUGUAAUGUAUGGCAGUCAUUUAUCCCCAUCAGUGAAUCACAUUUUUCCAUUUCUGAGACUCUUCACGGAACAUCGUGGGUAUUUCUUUAAAAAGAAAUUCGCAAACACACUCCAAAUGAACCCCAUCUACAUUGGAACUGGAAAAGAGUCGGGUAAAGAAUACUGUAAAAAAAAUAUUGUGACUGGAUACUUAUUGGCACAAAUGGAAAUGCACCAGGGGGGGUGUUGGUGCUUCUGCAGAGGAAUCACAUGUGUGUGCUUUGUAGACACUCCAUGUGGAGGGAGUGGGGAGGUCAACACACUUAAAAAAAACAAACUGACAGGCUUACAAUAACGUCGGUAUGAAUUCUCCUGAAAAACCUUCUUUUGUACAAGUGUAUGUAAAAGUGUAUCAUAUGUGUAUAUAUAGAGGAUUAUAUUAAAAAAGAGACUCCUUUGAUAUUGAUUAAUGUGAAAAAUUCCUAUGUGAAA